CAUGCACACAAACUAUGCAUAUGCUCCAACGAAACCAGUUUCAACGUCGAAGAAUCAAAAACAGUCGAUGUUUGUAUUUGUAACGGUGCGGUUGUCGGUAGUCAAAAGCGAAACACGGCGGGCGAUUUUAACGCGAAAACGGAAAAAACGCAAAAUGCGGCGGAAGUCGUGAUGAGCAAAAAGAUAUGAAAUAAAUCUAGAAAUUAGAAAUAGAAGCAAAAUCGAAAAUUUUAAUAAUAUAAAAUAAAAGAAAAUUUAAUCAAAUAAAGUCUACGAAUAGAAAAUAAGCAAAAUAUUAAGAAAAUUCAGAGAAAAAAAUAUAGUAGCAAAUUUUUGUAUUAUUAUUAAGUGUUGCAAAGUGGCCAAGUAGUGCUUUGAGCUGUUGUGUGCAAGUGUAGUUGUGUCUCUGAUAAAAAAAUUAAUAUAAUAUGGGCAAAUGUAAAGAAGAAAAAGAAGAAGCAUAAGCAGCACUGCUGUUUGUGGUGUAUGUGUAACAAACGGCACACAGUAAAUUGUAAAAAAAGCGUAUGCCUCCACAAGAGUACGUGUGAGAGUGUGUGUGUGUGUCUGUGUAUUUGUACGUGCGGUGUUAGUCGCCCAUGAAUGGAUGUUGUGUGAGCGACCAGUGCUUGUGUAUGAUUUGAGCAGUUGGUUAAAACAGGUUUACAGCCGCUGCUAUACGAGAAGAAGAAGAAGAAUCAGCAGCCCCACAAUCAUCCACAGCAGCAGCAAUGCCAGAGAAUGAGUAGAAGUUAUUGCUAGUAAUAACAAAAAAAACACAACAAUCGCAACAGCAAUAACAACAACAACAAUAAUAGCAACACCAACAGUCAGUCAGUCAGUUGUUGUUGUUGUUGGCGUCGUCAUCGUCAUUUAUGGCAAUCAACCAAGACGAGAAUCCAGCACAGAAAGAAGAAUGGGGAAAAAGAUAGCCCCAGCAUGCUAAUCAAUUUUUCACACUUUGCCAAUCAAUCAAAAUAAAGCCCUAGAAAAAAAUUCAAACGAGAAAAAAAAUAUCAAAAAUCCCAGGUGAAAAAAAAAUUUUUUCAAAUCUCAAAACAGGGUGUAAACCCUGAUAAGAAAUUUUAAGAAAAAUUGCUGCCAAAACAAAGAAAAGAAAAAAUUAAAGCUUUUAUACAAAGUAUAAAUCAUUUGUGCAAAUCAAAAAUAGAAAGCAAUGCAAAUCGAAACGAGCGGGAAAAUUUUCCUUAAAUAAUCCAACGGAUAGAAAAACAAAUCAUAACGAGGAUGAUGUGAAAGAUGAUGAUGACGUCGCGUCCAUCCAUCAAUGUUCAACAUCGAUGAAUUUCUAAAAUUUGUGAAAUGUCAAUACUCAGAACAAAGAUAGAAGAGAAAAGUGUGAAAACUCCUAGAAGCAGCAUUCUCAGUGGAGAAGUGGUGGCCGCGACACCAUCACCACCACCACCACUACAGCUACCACUCAAUCAAACAUCAACAUCGGCCAACACAAACUAGUUUUAGUGCAGAAACGAGUUAGAAGAGAAUUGUGGAAGUCAACAAGAUCUUGUAUUCCACUUCUUCUACUUCUGUGGCAGACAGAGGUGUCCGUCCCCCCCAAAAGUCAGCAACAAACAACCUACAAACUCGUGCUCGUGUGGCUUGAAAAGUAUAGGAACUCUCCUAGAUUUUCCUUAGACUCCCUCCGAAAAACAGCCAAUUUGGAAACGAUCAUAGUCACCGCCAUCUGGAAACAAGCAUAGAAACUACAACAGCAGUACCGACACCGACACCGGCAUCAACAUCAACAUCAACAUCGGCUUCGGUUCCAUCCAAUCAGCUUCACAUAAUUGCCAAUAUGAAUUGGAUUAUUGUGGCCAUAGUGCUGCUGUUGGCCCACAAACAGUAUUUGGCCAGUCCAACACCACUCAAGUUGCCCGGCCAUACCCAAAACUUAUCGCCUUUCAUUCGACACUGGGAGGCGGCGCAUUAUGAUCGUUCACAACUGCAUGACGCCCACCAAAAACAUUUGGAACAGAAACGACAUCGCCGAAAAAGAGACUUAAACGCCGGUGAAUAUGGUCCGGCGCAUACAAUAAGACUGAAUUUCUCUGCCCAUGACAGAGAUUUUCGUUUAGUGCUGCGCCAGGAUCCUCUAUCUGUCUUCGCCAGUGAUGUCCACAUAGAGAGUACCGAUGGUCCCAUGGACUAUGACAUAUCAAGGAUAUACACAGGAUCCUUAGAGGAUGAUGAAAACUCCCACAUACACGCCAUUCUAACGCAUGACAACCUUAUCGAUGGCACCAUCGAAACACCCACUGAACACUAUUAUAUAGAACCCUCACACCGAUAUUCAUCGGAUCUCAAUGGGACCGGUGUGCAUAGUAUCAUCUAUAAGUUAAGUGAUGUCGAGGAGCCAAGCAAAUCCUCCAAGGCCGAACACUGUGCCAGUGAACGCUUAAGGCGCAGCAUGUUAAUGGAUGACAUAAAACGAAGAAAGAUCAGCGGAGACGAUGAGGUUUUAGGAGGUACCAGCGCCAAUAGCGGUGGUGAGGACGAUAUAAGUGAUUACAAAUCACCAGCAAAAGAACGCAUUAAAAGAUGGCUGCCAGAAGAGCUGGCUUCAUCUGGCGAUGGCCAUAAGAACGACCCACCGUUGCCUUUGGAUUUAGAUGUUCCCUACAAUGAUGAUUACAGCAUUUUCCACAAUGCGGAUAGUAAUCCCGAAUCCACUUCGACCGCUACAUUAGCGACUACAAAAAAUAAAGAAGAUUUGCGUAAAACGCAGCAAGCAUCUGUGAUAACGUGGCGUAAUGCUGGUCAGCAGCAACCUCCGGGGGGAGAUGCAACCACACCACCAUCCUCAGCAUCAUCAUCAUCGUCGUCCUCCUCAUCGACAAAGUAUAACCGCAAUCGCAAUAUUAUCGUUAGCAAUUAUACUCCUAACAGUAAUAACAACAACAACAAUAAUAAUAAUAACUUCAAUAACAACAACAAUGGGGACAAUUCAUAUAGCAGCAACAACAACAAUGGCAGGAAAACCUAUACCAAACACAAAAACAUCAUUGUCAGCACCUACAACAAUCGUUCAUCCUUCGAUGAUUUCAGUGAUAGCAAUGGAAAUUUCUUUAACAACAAUUGGACCACCAUCUUCAUGGGCAACGAUCGACCCAUACACAAGACCCAUGUGGAGAUUAUUACAAAAAACGGUGCCACCAAAAAACCCAACAUCAUUGUCAACAACUAUAAUCCGGAAAUAAUGAUGGCCCCCAAUCCACACAAUCCCAAUUUCAAUAGCAUGCUCAUGACCAGUUUGAUGAGUAAUCGCGGUGGAGAUUUCACUCAAGGGGACAACAUGAACUCGGUUAAAUCUCUGUACGAUCGCAAGAUCACUUGCAUGCUGUAUCUGCAGGCCGAUCAUACGUUUUUUCAAAAGAUGGGCUCAGAUGAGGCCAGCAUUGAGGCCAUUACCAGGCAUGUGCAGAGAGCCAAUUCGAUAUACAAGAAUACAGAUUUUAACAAUGAUGGAAAACCGGACAAUAUCACUUUUAUGAUAAAACGCAUUAAAGUCCAUAACAAUAAUGCGGUCAAGGAUCCCUCGUAUCGCUUUCCUGGAAAUUAUGGUGUGGAGAAAUUUUUGGAAUUAUUUUCGGAGGAGGAUUAUGAUGCUUUCUGUUUGGCUUACAUGUUCACCUAUCGGGACUUUGAAAUGGGCACACUGGGUCUGGCCUGGACAGGAGAUUUGAAAAAUGCUGGUGGAGUUUGUGAAAAAAAUGGGCACUAUCGUGGUUCGUUGAAAUCUCUAAACACUGGAAUUGUUACGCUUUUAAAUUAUGGUAAACACGUGCCACCAGCAGUAUCACAUGUUACCUUGGCCCAUGAAAUUGGACAUAAUUUUGGAUCACCGCACGAUCCCGAACAAUGCACUCCCGGUGGAGAAGAUGGCAAUUUCAUUAUGUUUGCCCGCGCCACCUCGGGAGACAAGAAGAACAAUAACAAAUUCUCUCCCUGCUCAUUGAAAUCCAUAGAACCAGUUCUCAAUGCCAAGGCACGCAGCACCAAGGGUUGUUUCACCGAACCCCAAUCAUCGAUAUGCGGCAAUGGUGUGGUCGAACCAGGAGAACAAUGUGAUUGUGGUUGGGAAGAGGACUGUAAGGACUCAUGCUGUUUCCCCAUGUCAAGGCACCCGCGCAACGAUGAGAAGCCCUGUACCCUUACCCCCAAGGCCAUGUGUAGUCCUUCGCAGGGACCCUGCUGCACCGGAGAUUGUAAAUUGAAAUAUGGUGACAAGUGUCGUGAUGACAAUGGCUGCCGUGAUCCCAGUUUUUGUGAUGGCCACAUGCCCCAGUGCCCGCCCUCUGUCAAUAAGCCCAAUAAGACGAUAUGCAACAAGGAGUUUGUCUGCUACAUGGGUGAGUGUACCGGCAGCAUAUGCUUGGCCUAUGGUCUGGAAUCUUGCCAAUGUAUACCGGGUCCCAAGGAUGACAAGAUUAAAUCAUGUGAACUAUGCUGCAAGCUACCCGGUGAAGAUAAUCCCUGUCGCAGUUCAUUCGAAUGGAAUGAGCCGCCCUUCGAUGUGCCCGAUAUGUAUGCCAAACCAGGAACACCCUGUAAUGAUUACAAUGGUUACUGUGAUGUCUUCCAGAAAUGUCGUGAAGUUGAUCCCUCGGGUCCAUUGGCCACAUUGAGAAAAUUGCUGCUGUCCGAGGAAAGUAUUGCAACCUUCAAAAAAUGGAUGCAACACAACUGGUAUACAGUGGCUCUAGCUGUGCUUGGAGUUUUUGUGCUAUUGAUAUUGAGCACCAAGCUGCUGACGAAGCGGUCCAAUCUAAAACUGAAGUCGGUAACCAUAAUCCACAGCGCUACCACCGAAACCGUUCGUUUACCCGACGACAACAACGGCGUAAUCGUUCAUACGGCCGUUCGUACAAAGGUUCCCUUCAAAAAGAAAGUCAGAGGCGAACGAACAGCAGCCAAUGGUAGUGGCAAGAAUGCCAAUAAAUCUGGAACGGCUGCCACAGCAGCAGGUGGCAUAUCCAAAUCCAGUAAGACCGCAAACAACAAAUCCUCCUCCCAUACCCAUGGCCGUAUCACAAAGGUGGCUGCAGCAGCAGCGGCGACCUCUUCAUCAGCUGCGGCAGCAGCAGCAGCAGCCACCACUUCCUCUGGUCCCGAUGUCAAGAAACCUCCCAGGGGCAAAAAGAAUCGUGUCAAUCAAAGCAAAACCGCUCAAACGGUCAUCAAUGCUGUGGUCAAUGCAGAAAAGGCAGCCAAUGCUGAGAACCUCAAGAAAUCCAAGAAGAAGAAACACAGCAAGGAGAUAAUCGAUUACUCAUCACGUAACGCAGCUGGCCUAGGCUCUGCCAACAAUCACACCAAUACCUUUGGCAAAGUACAAAAAUGGCUGCUGGAAUCGCCGAUUGUAGCGCAACCCUUAUCGCACAUUGAGCACUCCUCCAAGGUGAAGAGUGUCAUGAGUAAAUCGCAAAGUACUCCCGAACGUUUGGUACAGAAGACUCCCACCAAGAGCAAGAGUAUGGGCAAUCUGUCCAAUGAAAAAGUCAAACUGCAGGUGGUCUAUAAGCCGCCCUUCAAAUUUGCCCUGCGUCUUUCGAAGAACACCAAAGUGAAGACGCAUGUCAUAGGCAAUCCAGCCAAUACCAAGUUUAAGCGGCACUCCCGCUCGGACAAUAAACGAGCCAGCGGUUCCCAUCAGGUGGAUGGAGGCAGUGGAGCCAGCCGCUCUUUGGGAGAGAAAACCAAGCGAGCCGCUUUAUUGUUGCGCUCCAGCAACGAUGAGGAUAAUCAAAUUCUAACACUGAAUGAACCCAACUAUGAGACCCUCAAUCCCAAGACAGCCCCUUCGCGCAUGGAAAAUCCCUUCUACGAAAACCUCAAAUUCAUGCAAAGCAAUGAAAGCAAACGUCUGAGUGAUCCCGCGGUCAGUGGAUCGGGCGAGAGGCCUCUUAGCAAUAGCGCCUCCUCCAGCGGGGUCAAACGUUCGUCGAGCAAAUCAAAUCUGGAAGUUCUUAACCCCGCACAAGCUUCCACAUCGAAUGGCCACAAUCAACAACAUUUCCAGAGAUCCUCUAGUUCUAGUAAUCCCUUCGCUGUGGACAACCAACGCUCAUCGCGCAAACUCAGCGACAGCAAUGCCGACAAUCUGAGUCGCAACUUUGGCAGCACUCAGAAUUUAAUCAACAACAGUCAGAGUAAUUUGAGUAAGACCAAGAAGCGCAGCAGUCUCAACCUUAAGUCAAGUAUGGCCAAGAAUGGCAAAGAUCCGCCGGGAGGCCUACAUCCGGCCAAGCGCAGCAAUUCCAAUAUGAAUCUGAGAAGGGAUUCUAUGGACAAUGCCAAGCUGGGUCAGUCAAAUGGCAAAUCAAGUGCGGAACGAGGGGGCCCACCACAUAGUGGUGGUGGUGGUGGCGGUGGAGGAGGUCCAGUGCCACUGCGGCGCAGCAUUAGUUCCACACCGCAUGCCAAUCAAAUGCCAGGCAAUGCCCUGGCCAAAUCCUCUUCCUCCUCCUCAACGCCAGCAGCAGCAGCAACAGGAGCGGGCGUAGCAACGCCAUCGCAACUGCCAUCGUAUAAUGCUCAACGUUCGUCGAGAGCUAGUUUUAGUAACAUACCCAGAGCUAGUCUUAGUUUGCUUAAUCAAGCGGCUGCUGCAGCAGCCACAACAUCUGCCGGCCCCUCGUCGGCAGCAUCGAGUGGGCCCUCCAGCGGCGGCAGCAAUUUUAACUUUAAUCCAGCCAUAACAUCUGCCGAACCUAGGCGCAGUCGCACCAGCUUGCCAGCACCACCACCGAUUGUCAUUAAUGCCCAUGCAGCAUUGGCAGUACAUCAGCGUUCCAAUUCUGUACGACAACAUACCCACAAUUAUCAUCCACCACCACCACUGCCUGCCAACUCCAUGUCCUCAACAACGAGCAAUCACAAUUCCAAAUCGAAUAAUGCCACAGAAUUGACUUCGGACUUGGAGGUGAUGGUCUCAGACAUAGAGAAUUUGGUUAGUUAGUCGAAGAUGUGCCGAGUCCGUCAAAAGGUCAAAUCUUUGGUGGAUCGUCUGAAUCCAUGAAUCUGCUAGGCAUUGCAACGAGCUUUGGGGACAUUUUGUCGGACGCAAGACUACUGCAACUACUACCACUACCACUACAACUACCUACACCAACCGCCCUGUCCCCCCUCUCCAAAGGGGGGCAUUAGGAUUUCCACAUACGGUCUAAAUGCCAACCAUACAAUUCUACAAAUGCCGCCUCACUGCCCCGUUCCAGUUUUGUUUUUUAGAACAUCAUUUUUUUUUCUUGUCUUGAUUACAAAAACCCCACAGCCGCGAGGGGAACAAAAACGCAAGACGCCUGUAUGUAAGGCGCCAACGUUUAACACCCAUAACAAAUGGUAUUAAAUAAUGAUAUUAACAAAACCAACAAAGGAAGCAAAAUAAACAAACCAUACACUAAACCACUUGCAGUUAGAAGAUAUCUUAGCAUUCAUUAAUGCUGUAUAUUUUGGUAAUAAAAGAAGACUUUUACCCAAUAUCCUCUUCCCAACAAAAAUUUCUUCUAUUUAUAAUUUCGAAAUUUUUUUAAAAUUAUGCCGAGAA